GUUCUAAGGUGUAGGAGGAAAAUAUUACAAUGAGUCACCAUCCUCCAGUUUCCUGUAUUCCAAACACCACGAAGAUGUCGAAAGCUAAGAAAGUUAUUGAAGAAGCUCGGGAGAUAAACAAUCCCGAGAUAGAUUUAGUGGAUAAAGGGAUCUCGAACCUGGAGGAGAUACCUGGGUUGUUCACACUUGCCAACAUCACUCGCCUAUCCCUGAGCCACAACAAGAUUUCAACCGUCCCGGCUGGUCUUGCCAACUUGAUGAACUUGGAGAUUCUGAAUCUUGCCAACAACCACAUCGAAGAACUGCCCGUCAGCCUAUCUUCACUACCCAAGCUCCGGAUCCUCAAUGUUUCGCUUAACAGGCUGUAUACAUUGCCGAGAGGCUUCGGUGCGUUUCCAGUACUGGAGAUAUUGGAUCUUACGUACAAUAACUUAAAUGAGAAGACAUUGCCGGGGAAUUUCUUCAUGAUGGAGAGCCUUAGGGCUCUGUACUUGGGAGACAAUGACUUUGAGGUGCUUCCAGCUGAAAUUGGGAACCUUAAGAAUCUACAGAUUCUAUCAAUGCGAGAGAACGACCUAAUUGAGGUACCUCGCGAGUUGGGACAGUUGGCGCGCCUUCGUGAGCUGCAUCUGCAGGGCAACCGCCUUGUCGUACUGCCGCCCGAAAUAGGAAGCAUGGACCUAGCCAGCAACAAGUCCGUACUCCGUCUCGAAGGCAACUUCUGGGUGCCCCCCAUCGAGGACCAGCUCAAGUUAGGUCCCAGCCACGUCCUAGACUACCUGAAGUCUGAAACGUACCGUGUGUUGUACUCCAGGCACGUGUCGGCUCGCCCGCCGCCGCCGCCUCAAACUCUGGAUAAGAGCAAGAAGGCCAGUCGCGCUAGAUCUUAAGUUUCUAACACGAGUUUGAACUUUAUGUACAGAAUUUAAGGUCUAUAUUAAAAUGGCGGGGCCAAUGGACGCGAGUCAAGGGCGCGCUGACGCUUAAAUAUGGACUUUAAGUAAAGUACAAAAGGUUCAAAUUCCUAUAUCAGUCUUAUGCUGGAUUAUUUUUGAAAGUAGCUUGAUAGCAAGGCCGUCGCGAUAGGUCGUAACUGUUUUUAAUACCUAAACAUUACAUCUAUAAAUUCAUCUAUAAUUCUGUUAAUAUCGAUUAUUACAUCUAUGUCCCUACUUGUGCUAAGUGCGUGGUAGAGUUAGUGAAGUUCGACGUAUGUUAUUUUGUACUUAUGUGAGGACAUAGCAUAAAAUUAAAAAGGUAGAAAUCUGUGUGCCAUAACAUCUCAAACUAUGAAAUUACAGUAGUGUAAAAAUAUGGGUGCAUACAACUUACUCAAAAAUAAGCCCCAUAGUUCUUAAUUCGCUGACAUAAAGAGCUAUGGGAUAUAUUUUUGAGUAUGAUGAGUGCACCCAUAUUUUUAGACUUGACUGUACCAGAUGCUUAAUUUGUUGGUCAGAAUUAUGAAUGUUUGUGUUUUCUUAAUUAAGAUUAAGUAUAAUUGUUUUCAAAUACUGCCUCUAAAUGAUCUUACUAAUUAUAAUUACUGAAAAGUAUUAACUUUUAAACAAAUAUGUGUUGGUUGUGUUGUAAGUUAUUAAAACAAUUUAUGUGAAUAAAUAUAACUUUAUUCAUCUGGAUGAAACAUACAAAAUCUUAAAACGAAUUGAACAAUGUCACGCAAGAUAAUAUUAAUUAUUAUUAAUAAUGAGGAUCAAUUGAAGUGCACUUGACGAGAUAUUUUUAAGAGAAAUUUAAUAAAAUUAUUCUUAUUAUUAAAUGGUGCUAGCCUAAGACACAAUUAUUUUACAAAUCAACAAGGAUUUUAUACAAUUAAAUUAUUACUAACUA